UUUGGGCGCCGCGCUCCCGAGAGUGCGGCCGCUGCGGCCUAGGCGCUGGCGUCCCGCGCUCGAACCCUGGUCGGCGGCGCGAUGAGGCGCAACAAGGCCGACGUGGAGCGGUAUAUCGCCUCGGUGCAGGGCUCCGCCCCGUCUCCCCGGGAGAAGUCAAUGAAAGGAUUCUAUUUUGCAAAGCUGUAUUACGAAGCUAAAGAAUAUGAUCUUGCUAAAAAAUAUAUAUCUACGUACAUUAACGUGCAAGAAAGGGAUCCCAAAGCUCACAGAUUUCUCGGCCUUCUUUAUGAAGUGGAGGAAAACAUAGAGAAAGCGGUUGAAUGUUAUAAGCGUUCAGUGGAAUUAAACCCAACACAAAAAGAUCUUGUGUUGAAGAUUGCAGAAUUGCUCUGUAAAAAUGAUGUUAGUGAUGGAAGAGCUAAAUACUGGGUUGAAAGAGCAGCUAAACUUUUUCCAGGAAGUCCUGCAAUUUAUAAACUAAAGGAACAGCUUUUAGAUUGUAAAGGUGAAGAUGGAUGGAAUAAACUUUUCGACUUGAUUCAGUCAGAACUUUAUGCAAGACCUGAUGAUGUCCACAUGAACAUCCGACUAGUAGAGCUGUAUCGCUCAAACAAUAGACUGAAGGAUGCUGUGGCCCACUGCCACCAGGCAGAGAGAAACAUAGCCUUGCGUUCAAGUUUAGAGUGGAAUUCCUGUGUUGUACAGACCCUUAAGGAAUAUCUGGAAUCUUCACAGUGUUUGGAGUCUGAUAAAAGUAACUGGCGAGCAACCAAUCAGGACUUACUUCUAGCCUAUGCUAACCUUAUGCUUCUCACGCUGUCCACGAGAGAUGUGCACGAGAGCAGGGAAUUAUUGGAGAGUUUUGAUAGUGCUCUUCAGUCUGUGAAAUCUUGUGUGGGUGGAAAUGAUGAACUCUCGGCUACUUUUUUCGAAGUGAGAGGACAUUUCUACAUGCAUGCUGGUUCUCUGCUUUUGAAGAUGGGUCAGCAUAGUGACGUGCAGUGGCGAGCGCUCUCUGAGCUGGCUGCGUUGUGCUAUCUCAUAGCCUUUCAGGUUCCAAGACCAAAGAUUAAAUUUAUAAAAGGAGAAGCUGGACAAAAUCUACUGGAAAUGAUGGCCUGUGAUCGUCUGAGCCAAUCAGGGCAUAUGCUGCUAAACCUAAGUCGUGACAAGCAAGACUUUUUAAAAGAGGUUGUAGAAUCCUUUGCCAAUGAAAGUGGGCAGUCUGCUUUAUAUGAUGCUCUCUUUUCUAGUCAGUCACCUAAGGAUAGAUCUUUCCUUGGUAGGGAUGAUAUUGGAACCCUUGAUGUACAAGCACCAGAUCCUGAGGAUUUGGCUCGAUAUGAUGUUGGUGCCAUUCGAGCACAUAAUGGUAGUCUUCAGCACCUCACCUGGCUUGGCUUACAAUGGAAUUCAUUGCCUGCCUUACCUGCAAUUAGAAAAUGGCUAAAACAGCUUUUUCAUCAUUUGCCCCAGGAAACCUCAAGACUUGAAACAAAUGCACCUGAAUCAAUAUGUAUUUUAGAUCUUGAAGUAUUUCUACUUGGAGUAAUAUAUACCAGCCACUUACAAUUAAAAGAGAAGUGUAAUUCUCACUACAGCUUCUAUCAGCCUCUGUGCUUGCCACUUCCUGUGUGUAAACAGCUUUUCACAGAAAGACAGAAAUCUUGGUGGGAUGCAGUUGGUAAUCUAAUCCACAGAAAAGCAAUACCUGGAACCUCAGCAAAAUUGCGACUUCUAGUUCAGCAUGACAUAAACACUCUAAGGGGCCAGGAAAAACAUGGCCUUCAGCCUGCUCUACUUGUGCACUGGGCAAAGUGCCUUCAGAAAACGGGCAGUGGUCUUAAUUCUUUUUAUGAUCAACGAGAAUACAUAGGCAGAAGUGUUCAUUACUGGAAGAAGGUUUUGCCAUUGUUGAAGAUACUCAAAAAGAAGAGCAGUAUCCCUGAACCUAUUGACCCUCUGUUUAAACAUUUUCAUAGUGCAGACAUUCAGGCAUCUGAAAUGGGUGAAUAUGAAGAGGAAGCACACAUAACAUGUGCUAUAUUGGAUGCAGUUAAUGGAAAUAUAGACGAUGCUGUGGCUGCUUUUGAAUCUAUUAAUAAUGUAGUGUCUUAUUGGAAUCUUGCACUGAUUUUUCACAGAAAAGCAGAAGACAUUGAAAAUGAUGCGCUUUCUUCUGAAGAACAAGAAGAAUGCAAAAAUUACCUGAGAAAGACCAGAGACUACCUGAUAAAGAUUUUAGAUGACAGUGAUUCAGAUCUCUCAGUGGUUAAGAAAUUGCCCGCGCCCCUGGACUCUGUAAAAGAGAUGCUGAAUUUAGUCAUGCAGGAGCUCGAUGACUUCAGUGAAGGAGGGCCUCUUUAUAGAAAUGGUUCUUUGCGAAAUGCAGAUUCAGAAAUAAAACAUUCUACACCGUCUCCCACCAAAUACUCUCUGUCACCAAAUAAAAGUUAUAAGUAUUCUCCCAAAACACCACCUCCAUGGGCAGAAGAUCAAAAUUCUUUAUUGAAAAUGAUCUGCCAACAAGUAGAGGCCAUUAAGAAAGAAAUGCAGGAGUUGAAACUAAAUAGCGGUAACUCAGGGUCCCCUCAUCGUUGGCCUACAGAGAAUUAUGGACCAGAUUCAGUGCCUGAUGGAUAUCAGGGGUCACAGAAUUUUCAUGGGGCCCCGCUAACAGUUGCAACUACUGGCCAUUCAAUGUAUUAUAGUCAGUCACCAGCAUAUAAUUCCCAGUAUCUACUCAGACCAGCAGCUAAUGUUACUCCCACAAAGGGACCAGUUUAUGGCAUGAAUAGGCUUCCACCUCAGCAGCAUAUCUACGCCUACUCACAGCAGAUGCACACACCACCAGUGCAGAGUUCGUCUGCUUGUAUGUUCUCUCAAGAGAUGUAUGGUCCCCCAUUGCGUUUUGAGUCUCCUGCAACAGGAAUUCUAUCACCUAGGGGUGAUGAUUACUUUAAUUACAAUGUUCAACAGACAAGCACAAAUCCACCUUUGCCAGAACCAGGUUAUUUUACGAAACCUCCAGUUGCAGCUCAUGCUUCAAGAUCUGCAGAAUCUAAGGUUAUGGAAUUUGGAAAAACCAAUUUUGUCCAGCCCGUGCCAGGUGAAGGCAUGGGGCCAUCUUUGGCAGCACCUGUGCGUACAUCACAGCCAACUCCUUUUAAAUUUAAUUCAAAUUUCAAAUCAAAUGAUGGCGACUUCACGUUUUCCUCACCGCAGGUUGUGGGACAGCCCCCUUCUACGACUUACACUAAUAGUGAAAGCCUUUUAGGUCUCCUGACUUCAGACAAACCUUUGCAAGGAGAUAGCUACAGUGGACCAAAAGCUGCUCAGACCAUUGGACCUCGAAAUACAUUCAAUUUUGGAAGCAAAAAUGUGCCUGGAAUUUCAUUUACUGAAAACAUGGGCCCAAAUCAGCAAAAGAAUUCUGGUUUUCGACGCAGUGAUGAUAUGUUUACUUUCCACGGUCCAGGGAAAUCAGUGUUUGGAACGCCUGCCGCAGAGCCGGCCAACAAGAGUCAUGACACUGAUGGGGGUAGUGCGCACGGGGACGAGGACGACGACGGCCCUCACUUUGAGCCGGUGGUGCCUCUUCCCGAUAAGAUUGAAGUGAGAACUGGUGAGGAGGAUGAGGAAGAGUUCUUCUGCAAUCGUGCCAAGUUGUAUCGCUUUGAUGCAGGAUCAAGAGAAUGGAAGGAGCGUGGAAUUGGCAACGUAAAGAUACUACGGCACAAAACCUCCGGUAAAAUCCGCCUACUGAUGAGACGCGAGCAAGUGUUGAAAAUCUGUGCGAAUCACUACAUCAGCCCAGACAUGGCCCUGGCGCCCAACGCUGGCUCGGACAGGUCCUUUGUUUGGUACGCUCUGGACUAUGCAGACGAGUCGCCCAAACCAGAACAGCUUGCUAUUAGAUUCAAGACACCCGAGGAGGCAGCACUUUUUAAGUGCAAGUUUGAAGAGGCCCAGAGCAUGUUAAAAGCCUCAGGAACAAACAGAGCCACAACCUCCAGUCAGUCUACAAGAACUGUAAAAGAACCCACGGGUCAUGACAGUAAGGAUAUUGGCAAAUCUGCUGCCGGAAACAUGAACUUUGAAUUUCAGGUUGCAAAGAAAGAAGGGUCUUGGUGGCAUUGUAACAGCUGCUCAUUAAAGAAUGCCGCAACUGCUGAGAAAUGUGUAUCCUGCCAAAAUCUAAACCCAAGCAGUAAAGAUCUCCUUGGCUCACCAUUAGUUGAAACUGUUUCCACUCCUAAACCUGGCUCAGAAAAUACUCCAGAUAGAUUUGCGUUGAUGACUCCAAAGAAAGAAGGUCACUGGGAUUGCAGUAUUUGUUUAGUAAGAAAUGAACCCACUGUAUCUAGGUGCAUUGCAUGUCAGAGUACAAAGUCUGCUAACAGAAGUGGGUCUUCACUUGUUCAGCAGCCUUCCUUUAAAUUUGGCCAGGGAGAUCUUCCUAAGCCUGCCAGCAGUGAUUUCAGAUCUGUGUUUUCAGUAAAGGAAGGACAGUGGGACUGCAGCGUUUGCUUGGUACAAAAUGAAGGAAGUUCUGCAAAGUGUGUGGCUUGUCAGAAUCCAAGAAAACAGAGUUUUCCUGCUUCUGCUGUCCCGGCACCUGCCUCUUUUAAGUUUGGUGCCUCAGACACAAGCAAGGCUCCAAAGAGUGGAUUUGAAGGCGUUUUCGCCAAGAAGGAAGGACAGUGGGACUGCAGUCUGUGCUUAGUGCGAAAUGAGGCAAGUGCGGCUGUGUGUGUGGCUUGUCAGAGUCCACCCGCCUCUGCUGCUCCAGCACCUGCAUCUUCAGAGACGAGCAAGCCUCCAAGCAGUGGGCUUGAAGGGAUGUUCACCAAGAAGGAAGGACAGUGGGACUGCAGCGUUUGUUUGGUACGAAAUGAAGGAAGUUCUACAAAGUGUGUGGCUUGUCAGAAUCCAAGAAAACAGAGUUUACCUGCUUCUUCUGUCCCAGCACCUGCCUCUUUCAAGUUUGGCGCUUCAGACACAAGCAAGGCUCCAAAGAGUGGGCUUGAAGGGAUGUUCACCAAGAAGGAAGGACAGUGGGACUGCAGCGUUUGCUUUGUGCGAAAUGAGGGUUCUUCCUUAAAAUGUGUGGCUUGUGAUGUCUCUCAACCGGCCCAUAAACCUGUUGCAGAAGAACCUUCAACUUUCGCUUUGGGCUCAACAACUAAGGCAGAUGACUCUUCUGGAAGUCAGGUGGGAACAGGAUUUAAAAGUAACUUUUCAGAAAAAGCCUUUAAGUUUGGCAGUGCAGAACAAGGAUUUAAAUUUGGGCGUGUGGAUCAAGAAAAUACACCUUCAUUUACAUUUCAGAGUUCUUCUAAUACAGACUCUAAGUCAACAAAAGAAGGAUUUAGUUUUUCAAUCCCUGUGUCUGCUGACGGGGGGUUUAAAUUUGGCAUUCAGGAGCCGGGAAGUCAGGGGAGGAAGAGUGAAAAGCCCUUUGGAAAUGAUGCUGGUUGUCAGGCUCAGGAUGCUGGUGGUCAGAAAGACGGGAGUGCUGUGGUUCUUGGUCAAACUGGCAGCACUUUUACCUUUGCAGAUCUUGCAAAAUCAAAUUCAGGAGAGGGGUUUCAGUUUGGCAAAAAAGACCCCAAUUUCAAGGGCUUUUCAGGUGCUGGAGAGAAGUUAUUCUCAUCACAAAGUAGUAAAAUGGCUGAUAAAGCCGACACUUGUGCUGACCUUGAGAAAGAUGAUGACGCCUAUAAGACUGAGGACAGUGACGAUAUCCAUUUUGAACCAGUCGUCCAGAUGCCUGAGAAAGUGGAGCUUGUCACAGGAGAAGAAGAUGAGAAAGUUCUUUACUCACAGCGGGUCAAAUUGUUUAGGUUUGAUGCUGAGAUAAGUCAGUGGAAAGAAAGGGGUUUGGGGAACUUAAAAAUUCUCAAAAACGAAGUUAAUGGCAAACUGAGAAUGCUGAUGCGGAGAGAGCAGGUGCUGAAGGUGUGUGCCAACCACUGGAUCACCACCACCAUGCACCUGAAGCCCCUCUCCGGGUCGGACAGGGCCUGGAUGUGGUUGGCUAGUGAUUUUUCUGAUGGCGAUGCCAAACUAGAGCAGCUGGCAGCAAAAUUCAAAACACCCGAGCUGGCUGAAGAAUUCAAACAGAAAUUUGAGGAAUGCCAGCGACUUCUGUUAGAUAUUCCACUUCAGACUCCCCAUAAGCUUGUGGAUACUGGCAGAGCUGCCAAGUUAAUCCAGAGGGCGGAAGAGAUGAAGAGCGGACUAAAAGAUUUCAAGACGUUUUUGACGAACGAUCAAACAAAAGUCACUGACGAAGAGAGUAAGAGUUCAGGAGCAGGAGCUGCCAGUGCUGCAGACGCGAGCGGCAUGCCAAAUCCUGAGACCACCGGGCCCACCCUAGAGUGGGACAGCUAUGACCUAAGGGAAGAUGCUCUGGACGACAGUGUGAGUAGCAGCUCAGUGCACGCCUCCCCGCUGGCCAGCAGCCCCGUGAGGAAAAAUCUCUUCCGCUUCGGUGAGUCAACCACCGGCUUUAACUUCAGUUUUAAAUCUGCUUUGAGCCCGUCUAAGUCUCCUGCCAAGUUGAAUCAGAGUGGGGCCUCAGUGGGCACAGAUGAAGACUCUGAUGUCACUCAGGAGGAGGAGAGAGAUGGACAGCACUUCGAACCUGUCGUACCUUUGCCUGAUCUAGUCGAGGUGUCCAGUGGUGAGGAAAAUGAACAAGUUGUUUUUAGUCACAGAGCCAAACUCUAUAGGUAUGAUAAAGAUGCUGGGCAGUGGAAAGAAAGAGGCAUUGGUGACAUAAAGAUUUUACAGAAUUAUGAUAAUAAGCAAGUUCGCAUAGUGAUGAGAAGGGACCAGGUAUUAAAGCUUUGUGCCAACCACAGAAUAACUCCAGACAUGACUUUGCAAAAUAUGAAAGGGACAGAAAGAGUGUGGGUGUGGACCGCAUGUGAUUUUGCAGACGGAGAAAGAAAAGUAGAGCAUUUAGCUGUCCGUUUUAAACUACAGGAUGUGGCAGACUCGUUUAAGAAAAUAUUUGACGAAGCAAAAAUAGCCCAAGAAAAAGAUUUUUUGAUAACACCUCAUGUUUCUCGUUCGACCACUCCCAGAGAGUCACCAUGCGGCAAAGUCGCCGUAGCUGUGCUAGAGGAAACCACCAGAGAACGGACGGAUUCGGCACAGGGUGAUGAUGCGGCAGGUGCAACCUCAGAAGUUGGCGGGGUGUCUGGCACACCUGAAACAACAACAAAAGCAGUGGUUUCACCUCCAAAGUUUGUGUUUGGUUCUGAGUCUGUUAAAAGCAUUUUUAGCAGUGAAAAGUCAAAACCAUUUGCAUUUGGCAACAGUUCAGCUACCGGGUCUUUGUUUGGAUUUAGUUUUAAUGCACCUUUGAAAAAUAACAGUAGUGAGGCCAGUUCAGCAGCCCAGAGUGGAUCUGAAAAAAGAGCGGAGCCUGGUGGUCACCAAGAGUCGCAGAGCUCUGAUCUCACGCCGUCUUCCGACAGCAAAGUCAAAAACCCCUCUCCUGCUUUUCCAAAGGAGCAGUCCUCAACCAGUCACACGUUUAAAACACCAGAAAAGGGAUUUAACUUUAGCCUUUUUAAAUCUAAUCCAAUGGCAUUUUGGAGCAGCACUCCUUCCUGCCAGCCUGAGAACAAAGUGGAAGAGAAGAAAAAGCCUGAAGAUCUUCCCUCAGAUGACGACGUUCUCAUUGUGUAUGAGCUAACCCCGACCCCUGAGCAAAAAGCUCUUGCAAGCAAACUUCAGCUUCCUCCCACUUUCUUCUGUUAUAAGAGCAGGCCAGGCUACGUCAGCGAAGAGGAGGAGGACGAUGAAGAUUUCGACACAGCUGUCAAGAAGCUUAAUGGAAAACUAUAUUUGGAUGACUCAGAAAAAUAUAGACCGUUAGAAGAAAAUCUAACAGGUAAUGAGAAAGAAUGUAUUAUUGUUUGGGAAAAGAAACCAACAGUUGAAGAAAAGGCAAAAGCAGAUACGUUAAAGCUUCCACCUACAUUUUUCUGUGGCGUCUGCAGUGACACCGAUGAGGACAGUGGAAGUGGGGAAGGCUUUCACUCGGAGCUGCACAGAGUUCAGGAGGCUCCAAAAUCCCAGAAGGAGGACAUAACUAGCACGGCUGACAGUGUGUGUACAGAUGGCAGUAAAGUGACUGUACCAUUUUUGUGUAAAUCUGAAGAACCAGAGUUUACUACCAAAUCUAUUAGUUCACCACCUUUUUCUUCUGAAACUGUCGAUAAACCUGUGGAUUUAUCUACUAGAAAGGAAAAUGAUGCAGAUUCUACAAGCCAAGUGGAAAGCAAAACAGUUUCAUUUGGAUUUGGAAGUAGCACAGGGCUGUCAUUUGCAGACUUGGCUUCCAGUAAUUCUGGGGAUUUUGCUUUUGGGUCCAAAGAUAAAAAUUUCCAGUGGGCAAAUACUGGAGCAGCUGUGUUCGGAGCACAGUCAACCAGUAAAGUUGGCGAAGAUGAAGAUGGUAGUGAUGAAGAGGUAGUUCAUAAUGAAGAUAUCCAUUUUGAACCAAUAGUGUCAUUACCAGAGGUAGAAGUAAAAUCUGGAGAAGAAGAUGAAGAAAUUUUAUUUAAAGAGAGAGCCAAACUUUACAGGUGGGAUCGAGAGGCCAGUCAGUGGAAGGAGCGUGGGGUUGGAGACUUGAAGAUCCUCUGGCACACGAUGAAGAAUUACUAUCGGGUCCUGAUGAGAAGAGACCAGGUGCUCAAAGUGUGUGCAAACCACGUCAUCACCAAAACAAUGGAACUGAAACCCUUGAAUGUUUCCAACAAUGCUUUAGUUUGGACUGCCUCAGAUUAUGCUGAUGGAGAAGCCAAAGUGGAACAGCUUGCCGUGAGAUUUAAAACUAAAGAAAUGGCUGAUUGUUUUAAGAAAAAAUUUGAAGAAUGUCAACAGAAUUUAUUGAAACUCCAGGAAGAACAGGUAUCACCGAGAGCAAAGGAGACAAAUCCUGUGGUGUUUUUUGAUGUUUGCGCAGAUGAUGAGCCUCUGGGACGUAUAACCAUGGAAUUAUUUUCAAACAUUGUUCCUCAAACUGCUGAGAACUUCAGAGCACUGUGCACUGGAGAGAAGGGCUUUGGUUUCAAGAACUCCAUUUUUCACAGAGUGAUUCCAGAUUUUGUUUGCCAAGGGGGAGAUAUCACCAAACACGAUGGAACAGGAGGACGGUCCAUUUAUGGAGAUAAAUUUGAAGAUGAAAAUUUUGAUGUGAAACAUACCAGUCCUGGCUUACUAUCCAUGGCCAAUCGAGGCCAGGAUACAAAUAAUUCUCAAUUUUUCAUAACACUGAAAAAAGCAGAGCAUUUGGACUUUAAGCAUGUAGUAUUUGGGUUUGUUAAAGAUGGCAUGGAUACUGUGAAAAAGAUUGAAUCAUUUGGUUCUCCUAAAGGGUCUGUUAGUCGAAGAAUUAUUAUCACAGAAUGUGGACAGAUAUAAAAUCAUUGUUUUUCAUAGUAGAUUUUACCUGUAUAAACAGUUGAAUUGAAGCCUAGCUGUUACGACAACAUGGUAAUUAUGUUCAGCUUUUGAAAAUGGACAUUUCCAAUGUAUAAAUAUAAAAUUGCAGCUUAUAGCUGUUGUCACUUUUUAAUGUGUUAUAAUUGACCUUGCAUGGUGUGAAAUAAAAGUUUAAACACUGGUGUA